AUGGUACGAGAAAACGACCCAAGAGAUACUCUAAUAAACCAAGAACUGCAAUUUGUCACUGAGAUUGUAAAUUAUGUUUUCCUUGGCGGAAGUUUGUCCGUCUUUGGGAUAAUAUCCAACAUCAUCAACAUGGUUGUGUUCUACAAGCAAGGACUUAAAACUACAACAAACAUCAGCCUGUUUGCCUUGUCAUUAUCUGACCUACUGACUCUGGUCACUUUGUUCGAAUACUCCAUCUGGAUGAACCCGUUGGUGGAGUUCUCGGAUACACCAGUCAACACCAGGGAGGUCCAGUACCUCAUCACUGGCUGGCCUAACGUCUGCUUCACCAGGAUCACGUGUCUCAUCAUGGCCUUCAUCACCGCUGAAAGAUACGUCUGCAUAGCUUUUCCUCUUAAAGUAAAACAGAUCAUUACCCCGAAAGUAACAACAAUCACCAUUUGCAUCAUCUUCGUCGCCUCGAUAAUCAUGGUACUGCCCAGCUACUCAACCAUCUACUACGACUGGAAAUUUUAUCCGCGAAGCAACGUAACAAAAAUCGGGAUUCACGUGAUCAACCAUGGGACAGUGGAUAAAUAUUCGUUUCUCAUCAACGCUUUUUUAGGCUUGAUAUCUUUACUGCUCGUCAUAUUUUUCACAGCUUUAAUUAUCUGGAAGCUCCAGCAGAAAUCUCAGUGGCGAAAACAGAACACCAGAGAAGCGAACGAUUCUACAUCAAGUCGAGACACGAAAGCUAUUAUACUGUCCCUGAUGAUUUCUAUCAUUUUAAUUACCCCAUUCUCCCAGACCCCAUUCUCCCAGACCCCAUUCUCCCAGACCCCAUUCUCCCAGACCCCAUUCUCCCAGACCCCAUUCUCCCAGACCCCAUUCUCCCAGACCCCAUUCUCCCAGACCCCAUUAUCCCAGACCCCAUUCUCCCAGACCCCAUUCUCCCAGAACCCAUUCUCCCAGACCCCAUUCUCCCAGACCCCAUUCUCCCAGACCCCAUUCUCCCAGACCCCAUUCUCCCAGACCUGCAUCACCCCGGCAAACUAUUGA